AUGUUUGCGCCCAUCAAGCAACCGGCUGCGGAGGUCCUCCGUGUAUCAUACAGGUGUGCGUCACACUCUCUUUUGCUUCCUGCAAGCUACAGAUGCUUCUCCGUCUUGAACCGACCUCCGCCGAACUAUGAGGGUCAUGUCCCUCUCACAGGCUUAGAGAGGCUGGGGUUGGCUGUUGGUUCCGGAAUUCUGAGCUUUGUAGAUCCAAGGAGAGGAGACCUGAUAGCAGCUUUUGGCGAGGCAACCGCGCAACCCUACUUCAUCGACCAACUACGGAACCGUAUGCUCCUCAAUCCCACCGGCAGACGUAUCCUCCGUGACCGCCCUCGCCUUACAUCUACCUCCCUCGAUAUUCCUCGUCUCCGCGCUCUUCCUUCAAACACAUUAGGCUAUGCAUAUAUCGAAUGGCUGGACAGAGAAGGGGUAUCUCCCGACACACGAGCCGCUGUACGCUACAUCGACGAUGAGGAAUGCGCUUAUGUGAUGCAGCGGUACCGAGAGUGUCAUGACUUCUACCAUGCGCUUGUGGGUCUCCCAGUCUUCAGAGAAGGAGAGGUCGCUCUCAAAGCAUUUGAGUUCGCUAAUACCGGCUUACCCAUGACCGGAUUGGCGGUAUUCAGCGCACUCACCUUGAAGAAGGCCGAGUGGCGGAGAUUCUGGGAUAUAUAUGGCCCUUGGGCAGUGAGGAACGGCGCAAAAAGUGACGACGUUAUUAAUGUAUAUUGGGAAGAGGAACUGGAGACCGAUGUUGAUGAACUACGAACACGACUGGGGAUCGAAAAGCCGCCGGAUCUGAGGGAGAUACGGAAAGCGGAGAGGGAGAGGAAGAAACGAGAGAAGGAGGCAAAAGAGGCUGCUAUAGGCGCAGCGACUAUGUAA